AUGGGCUAUUCCAGCAUCCCCUGGGGGAUCCUGGAAGGAGAGGGUGAAUGGGGCAUCCUCUUCUCCCAUCCGCGGGACUUCACCCCCGUCUGCACCACAGAGCUUGGCCGGGCAGCGAAGCUGGCGCCCGAGUUCAGCAAGCGCAAUGUGAAGCUGAUCGCCCUCUCCAUUGACAGCGUCCAAGACCACCUCUCCUGGUGCAAGGACAUCAACGCGUAUAAUGGGGAGCAGCCUGAGGAGAAACUCCCUUUCCCCAUCAUUGCUGAUGCAAACCGGGAGCUCUCUGUCAAGCUGGGCAUGCUGGACCCAGAUGAGCGGGACAAGGACGGCAUGCCCCUGACUGCUCGUGUGGUGUUCAUUUUUGGUCCGGAUAAGAAGCUGAAACUCUCCAUCCUGUACCCAGCCACCACUGGGAGAAACUUUGAUGAAAUCCUGAGAGUGGUGGACUCCCUGCAGCUGACAGCGUACAAGAAGGUUGCUACCCCUGUGGACUGGAAGCCUGGUGACAGCGUCAUGGUCGUGCCCACCUUACCUGAUGAGGAAGCCAAGAAGCUCUUUCCCAAAGGAGUCUUCACGAAGGACCUCCCGUCGGGCAAGAAGUACCUGCGGUACACGCCACAGCCAGAGUGAGCAGGUGUGCCCAUCCUGCCGGGCUGCGGGUCGUUCAGCAUAGGGAAAACUUCCCUGUGCCCAGCUCCUGCCUCCCUGGCAC